GUCCCGUGAAUUUCGUUGGCAGAAGAGAAUUGGGCCAUGGCGAAUGUACAUGAGAAUAUGAAGUUGCCAGCAGUAAUUAUAAACUGACCACGCCCACUACAGAAUGACAAAAAAAAUAACAUCAGAUAAAUUUAUUUUAGUGAAAAGUGAUGAAGACCAGAAUCAGAACUUGCAUUUUUGGACUUACGUCUCUUUUCUUGCUUGUACAGUUAUCACAUUUGGUGCCCUACUGACAGUCUCUGAAGUCCAGAUAUGGUUGACUGGGCCUCGAACACCCCAAGUUACAUUCAGGCUUUUGGCAACCAGAUCAUCAGCAUCAGUAUUGCUAUGGUCUCCACAUUCCGGUAAUGGGAAACCUUUAUCAGAAAUAGACAUAACAUUCUCUGAAGAACUCGGAAAUCCUACUGUAUGUGAUGGAAAGGAAUUAGAUCUAUGUGUGAAGUGGCUUAAAGACAAAGACAAAACUGCUCGAGGAUUGUUGCAAGUGAAUGCAAUUUCAUCUGAAGAUCAAGAUGCUGUCUACUGUAGAAUGCAUGUUAUUAUAGGUCCUGAUGAUACACAGAUUGAUGCUUGUAUUCCACUGCAGGGUGACCAACUGUAUGGUGGACCCAUCACUAGUACCCAGUACUGGCCAUCACAAAAUAACACCAGAUGUGAGUCACCAUAUGUAACAGGGUUAGGAGGAAAUGAAGGUAUUGUAGAACCUUACUGGCUUACUUCUUCUGGGAAUGCCAUCUUUGUUCCUCCAGAUGUGUCUUUGUUUGUUUCUCAGAAUGAAACACACUUGUGUCUUACUAGUAAAAUACAAGAACCAUAUCUUCCUGAUCAUUCUGGAACAGUGACUCUUAAAUACAUUCUGUGUUCAGGAAGUAAUCCAGUUAUCACUCAUUUACACACCACUCGCAACUUCAUUCCACUUCCUCGUGACAUACCUGAUGAGCGAAUGUUUCAACAUCCCAUUUGGUCCACUUGGGCACAAUAUAAAAAGGUCAUUAAUACAUUCAUUAUCAAUGAUUUUGCUAAACAGAUUGUCUACUAUGGUUUCAACAACAGUCAACUGGAAAUUGAUGACAAUUGGGAAUUUUGUUAUGGCGCUGCAGAGUUUUUCAAUAAGACAUUUGAUGAUCCAAAGUCAUUAAUUGAAUCUCUGAAGAGGAAAGGAUUCCGUGUUACUCUUUGGACACAUCCUUUUAUUAAUAUAGACUGUCCAGCUCAUACCAUAGCCACAAAGAAUCAAUAUCUAGCAACAAAUGCAGAUAUGACACGUACUUUAACAGUCUGGUGGGAUGGAAUUGGUGGUGUUAUCAAUUUUACAAACCCUGAUGCAGUUUCAUGGUGGAAAGGCAGGCUACAGAACUUGAGCAGAAUGUACGAUAUAGAUGCAUUUAAAUUUGAUGCAGGCGAAGCUGCCUAUCUACCUGGAGCACCUGAAAUAGGUAAACUUGCUGGUUCAAUUCGCCUGCAACCAAACAUAUUUACUACAGAGUAUGUAAAAACAGUAGCCAGUAUAAGUGACUUGAAAUUAGCAGAAGUUCGUGUCAUACAUAGGAAUCAAGGAGAGCCCAUCUUUGUAAGAAUGUCAGACAAAUCUUCCAUCUGGAGCAUUGAAAAUGGACUCAAAGCUAUAGUCACAACUCUUCUGGCCAUGAACAUGGUUGGUUACUCCUUCAUCAUCCCUGAUAUGGUUGGAGGAAAUGGAUAUGUUAAUAUUCCAACCAAAGAACUAUUCAUCCGCUGGCUUCAAGCAAAUACAUUUAUGCCAACAAUACAGUUUUCCUAUACUCCAUGGGAUUUUGAUGAAGAGACUGUUCAGAUAGCAAAAAAAUUUACAACCCUCCAUUUUCAAUUUUCUGAUAAAAUUUUAAAACUGGCCAAAAAGAAGGUUGCAGAUGGUACUCCUAUUAAUCUUCCCCUGUGGUGGCUUGAUCCUUCAGAUGAAGAAGCACUAACAAUUGAUUCAGAGUUUCUUCUAGGAGAUGAUUUGCUUGUUGCUCCCAUCUUGAAUGAAGGAGCAGUUGCCCGAGAUAUUUACCUCCCCAUAGGAAAGUGGAGAGAUGAAUUACGACCUGGAAUUAUACAUAAUGGAAAAUGUUGGCUAAGGAACUAUACAGUGCAACUUGAUGAACUUGCAUACUUCACAAGAAUAUCUUGAGUAAUAUAAACUUUUCAAUAUCCCCAUGACAUAGUACCAUUCAGAGGACAAUAGGAACCAUUCAAAGAAGAGACCAAACAAAACCAGAUUUACAGUGUAUUAUAUCUUUCAUGAGCUGAAUAUUGUAUUGUACUAGGUGAAUGUACUUAGUACAGAGUAUAUUCAAGAUUGGCAGUAAUUAAAAAGUUUAUAUUACUACAGUUUCUAUUACUUGAAACAUGUACAUUUAAUAUAGAUUGCUCAUGAUGGUCUAACCUCACAAUACAAAAACAAGAUUGUAAUAAUUAUUUUUAAUGAAAAAUAAAACUAGGAGUGGCUAUUUUAAA